AUGCUAGGUAUUCCUUCCCAGGGCGAGCUCGACAUUGUUGUCUGGGAAGAACACUGGAACCCUUAUCGUACGCUCAAACAAAACCUGUUCCCUGAGAAAAAUGCCACUCUCAUGGUCGACGAAGAGAUUCGCGAUUUUUUGGUGCGCGGGCUCGACGCAAAUGGCUUCAAGACAGUGGGUCUGGGUGGUGAGGUUGAGGCUGUUCGCCAAGUGAAAACACCUGCCGAAGUCGAGUUGUUGAGAGCCGUCAAUACAGGCACUAUCGAAGGCAUCAGGGCAAUGCGGUCAUGUCUGGAGCCCGGCUUGACUGAAAACCAGGUCAUCAAAAUUCUGGACAACACUCUAAAGACCAUUGGCUUUGACCUUUUCUUCGACAUUGUGUUGUUUGAGGGCAAUGCUGCUCUUCCACAUGGCGGCUUUGCUACCGGAGAUAAAGUUUUGACGCAUGAGACGAUGGUAUUGAUUGAUGCUGGAUAUCACUACUUGGGCUACUCGUCGGAUGUCUGCCGAAGCUUUUUCAUUGACCCGCCCAAGAAGUCUCUGCUCCAAGGAUUGCUCCAUUUGUCUGGACCAGAAAUCCAAAAGAGCAAGCUUCAUGCCGAGAAACUCAAGGUUUGGGACAUUGUACUCGAAGCUCAGACACAAGCCGGCAAGAUGUUCGUGCCCAACGCAACAGCAGCCAGCGUCGACCUCGCAGCCAGAGAAGUCAUUGAUGAUGCUGGAUACAAAGGUACUUUUACGCAUCGUCUUGGUCAUGGUAUUGGGAUCAAAGCUCACGAAUCUCCUUAUCUCAACAAGGGCAACCAUGAGACUCUUCUUCGUGCCGGGAUGGUGUUUACGGCCGAGCCGGGCAUUUAUCUGGAGAAUAGAUUCGGAGUUAGACAUGAAGAUAUCUAUCUUGUCAAGGAGGAUGGCCCGGCUGAGGUUAUUAGUGGCAAGCGUGCUGUUUCGCCUUGGGAGCCUUGA